AAGGACAACUGUAAUGGUGGAAAUCAGUUCAAGGAGAGCCAGUGUGCACCCAUUAAUAAAGUACAUGGAGCCUUCAGAAUUAUCUGCUUAUGACUAAUCCUGGUGUGGCAGUGGGCUUUUGGAAGCAACCACAAAACGUUUUGCUGUCACAUAACCUUCUCACUUCCAAGAAACUUAUUUAAACGAGGACAAACAAGUACUUUCCAAUUCUGGAUGGUUCUGAGGAAAAAAAAUGAGUUUUGCAGAAGACCUUGACUAUGGCCUUUUCAAUGAGUAUAUAAAUGGCUUUAUGGUCUCCAAGGCCAUGUUUACCGCCUGUGAAUUGGGAGUGUUUGACCUCUUGGAAUCUGAAGGGUUCCUGACCUUCGAUGUCAUUGCUGAACGCUUAGGCACCAGUUCCCAAGGAAUGGAGCAAUUACUUGAUAUCUGUGUCACCCUGAAGCUACUAAAGAUGGAGAUGAAGAGAGAAAAAGCUUUAUAUCAAAACACAGAACUUUCCACCCUUUAUCUCACCAAGACUGGCACUAAAUCCCAGUACAAUAUGCUACUUUACAUGUCCAAAACUACCUACUCAUGUUGGAAUCACUUAACUGAAGCCAUAAGGGAAGGAAAAAAUCAAUAUUUGAGGACAUUUGGUAUUCCAUCAGAUGAUCUUUUUGAAGCUAUCUACAGGUCAGAGGAAGAGCUGGUAAAAUUCAUGCAUGGCCUACAUGAGAUUUGGAGUAUUAAUGGCAGAGAUGUGAUUACUGCAUUUGACCUUUCACCCUUCCCCCUCAUUUAUGAUCUUGGUGGUUGUUCAGGUGCCCUAGCCAAGGAGUGUAUCACCAUAUAUCCUGAAUGCCAAGUGACAAUAUUUGAAAAGGAAGAGGUGGUACAAGUGGCAAGGAAGCAUUUUCCAUUCCUGGAGGAACCUCGGAUCAGUUUCCACAUCGGGGACUUUUUCAGAGAUCCCAUUCCUAAAGCUGAUCUGUAUAUUUUGGCUAGGAUCCUCCAUGAUUGGGCAGACAAUAAAUGUGUACAAUUGCUAACAAACAUCCACCAAGCCUGUAAACCAGGCUGUGGUGUUUUAGUGGUUGAAACCCUUUUGGCUGAAGAUAAGAGAGGGCCUUUGACAAGUCAGCUCUAUUCUAUGAACAUGCUGGUACAGGCUGAAGGAAAGGAGAGAACUCCAACAGAGUACCGCAAGAUCUUCACUCAGGCUGGUUUUCAAGAUUUUCAGUUCAAGAAAACUGGAAAAAUCUAUGAUGCCAUUUUAGCUAGGAAAUAAUUGCUUCUUAUCCCACAACUAUUAUUAAACAUAUGAAAUAAUUUGGUUAAUCUUUGUGAACAUACAAUAUAACCUGCAACCUGCUUAGUGAAUGAUGGCAGAACACUAUAGGAAUCAAGUUCUUCCCUCCAAAGAGGGGGAAUAGAAUAGAAUAUUCUCAUAUAAUAGAUUCUCAGAGUUGGAAGGGAAGGUAAAUGUCAUCUAGGCCAAUCCUUGCCUGAAGAAUAGGAAUACUUGCCUUGAUAGAUAGCUAUUCAUUCUUACAUGUAUCCUCUUACCCAUCCCUCUUCCACCUCCCACCUAGAUGUACAGAUAAAGAGAUUUCAAGGAAUCAUAGAAAAAGUGAGUUAUGGAAUGCACAGCUAGAAGGCCUCAGAGGCCAUCCAAUCCAAUGCAUACCUGAAUGAGUAUCCUUUGUGUAGUAUAUCACAGAAGAAGUCACCGAACUUUUACCUUAAGACCUCGGGUGAGGGGAAAUCCAUUAUCUCCCAACACAGUCCAUUACAUUUUUAGAUAGCUCUGACUGCUGGGAAUCUGCUCCUUCACUGUUUUUACCCCUUUCUCAUAUCCUUUUGCUUAACAUCUUUUGUGCCUCAGGUCUCUCAUUUGUAAAACAAUCUUAACUUAUUGAAUAAAGAAA